GCCGGACUCAUUUCCCAGAGCACCGCUGAGCUUCGCUGUGCUCUCAGCCGGAGAGAAACCAGAGAAACCCAUAUUUUGUCGCAGAGAAUAGACCUUAAGUAGCAUCCACAAGAAACAUCCAGAGCCCAGUCACUGUUUGACAUCUGUGCGAGCAGUUUCUGAACAGGAAGAUGGUGCUGCGUGCUUGUGGCUUUAUAGUGUUUCGUCGUCUAGCUAGUCGUGUCCCUCCACCAGACAACAUCGAGUACCUCCUCUUGCAGACCUCUUAUGGGACACACCACUGGACCCCGCCCAAAGGUCAUGUGGACCCAGGCGAGGAUGACCUCACCACAGCUCUGAGAGAGACCAAGGAGGAGGCCGGGCUGGGGGCGGAGCACCUGCGGGUGAUUGACGGAUUUUUGCAGGAGCUGCGUUACGAGGUGCAAGGAAAGCCCAAAGAGGUGCUGUACUGGCUGGCCGAGCUGAGAGACCCAGGGACAGCGGUUACUUUGUCUGGCGAGCACAGGGACUACCGCUGGGCACGGCUGGAGGAAGCCUGCACUCUGGCUCAGUACAAAGACCUGCAGGACACACUGAGAUCAGCACACAGAUACCUGGGGGCUCUGCAGGACAAACAGUGAUGAAUCAGAAUGGAGACUGUGCAGACAGGGAUGAUUAAAGAAAGGAAAUGACUGUCAGCUGGCAUGUGGGACCCUUAGACCAUAGCUUGGAAUAGUGAAUCCAAUGUGGCAGUAUUUCUGCUGUGAUUAUGUGAUUGAUACUUCUGUCUCUGUCAGGUUUAAAUACUGUUGAAGUCUAUUUAAAUUCUUUGUCUCUACUGUACUGUGCAAUGUAAGGCUGAGUAGAUUCCCUUCUGUUAAAACAAAGGCGAGUAGAGAGGAAAUGAAUUCUCUGAAACAAAUUCUUGACAGCCGAUUACUGAUGUGAUCUUAGUCACUGCACUAAAACGAGAUUGUCUGUGCCUUUGAAUCUUUUAAGUCAUAUGUAAUUAGAUUACAUGCAUAAAUGUUUUCAAUGUAAAUAAACUAAAAUGCAAAUCUGAA